GCAGGUUCUCAGUGUGAGAGUCAGACUGUCAAAAAGAACCAACAACUGAGGAAGCUGCUCAGUUCUCUGCAGACAGCCAACUGACAGGAAGGAAGGAACAACUACAACGCUGCAACUCGACAAAAACGUCUUACCACUUUUAUCUUCAAUUCCUCUAACACCUUUUUGUUCUCGUGGUUCUAUGGAAAUACAAACUACAUGCUGGCAAAAAGGGGGAACUAGAGCUUAGCAGCACCACCCCCUCCCUCCAGCGUACAAUAUCCUCUUUUGGACCCAACCACCCUCCGUUUUUUUCUGUUAUCUCUUUGGUUUUAGUGUGGCACACACACACACACACACACACACAGUGGGGAUGACUGUCUAGGCAGAUGGUGCUCAGUGUGUGGACUAGAAGCUGAGACGGGCGGAGUGGGACAGACUCCUCAUCCGUCAUGGGAUGCUGCAGUGUGACCCAGAGGCAUACUGGAGUGGACGAGGUGGGCCCUGAUGAGAUCGAGCUCCUGGAACUCUCUGGAGAUAAUUUAGGGGUGUGGAAUCUGGGAGAGACCAGGCUUCAGCUGUCAGUGAGGAACAGCAGAGAUGAGCAGCAGCCGCUGCCACCGCCGCCACCACCACCGCGAUACCCUUCAAUACGCCACCUGGAAAAAGAGGUGGUGCUGUGGGGCCGGAGCAGAGACGAGCUGCACCAAAGGAUCUACUCCCACCAGCCGAUCAGGGAGUGGGAGGGCCAACCUGCCCACAUGUAUGGAGAGAUCAUCCACUCCUCCCUGGUGUCUCUCUACAACAGCUACACACAGGAAACCAGUGAACACUUCCUGGUGUUGUUCUCUUUCCACUUGCUGAUCCUCUCUCUGGACCACUCUCGACAAGACUUCAUUUAUGAGGGCAUCCUUCCUCUUUCUGGACUUUCCUUGGAAGCCAUCUCAAUGGCCCCGGACGCGUCACAUUCACCACACAUGUUUGAGAUCAGCGGCCCAAUGGUGGACUCCAAGGUCUUCAUAUGUGCCAGUGCUGCGGAUUUACAGAAAUGGAUGCAACACGUAGACGACAGGAGAUACAAGUCAAUGGCACAACCCAUGAGUCCCACCCACUGCGCUCUCUCCUAUCUUUUACCCUGUGAUGAGCACUGGAAAAGAGAAGAACUGAAAAAGUACUUACUUCAAGCUCCCGUGUGGCAGUGGGAGGGCUCGCCGAUACAGCACAUGGGUCAGCCGGGAUACCUAUCUGUCGUCCACAUCAUCAACACACACAGACAGGGACUACAGGAAAGACUGAUGGUUCUCUUCCCACAAGACGUCCUGCUACUGUCAGUAGACAACAAGCGUCUGAAUAUAAGAUAUGAGGGCAGGUUGCCCCGACACAGCAUCAGAGCAGUGGAGAGAUCAGCCCUGCCUGGACGGCUGGAGUUUGAGCUGAUAGGUGAGCUGGUGGAGCCCCUGCAGGUCUCUUGUACCUGUCUGGAGGAUUAUCGCAACUGGAUGUUUCAGUUACAACAGCCAGACAGAAGCAGCCACGUUACCGCGAGUCACGCUGCACCUCCUAUCAUGCCAAAGCUGCAGAAGAGCAGGAAGGAGUCCAAGGAACCGAUGAUCACAGCCGACCAACGCCACGUCAACGGAUGCAGCUGACUCAUCUGGAUGUGGAAAAGCUCGGCUUUUAUUAUAAAUCAGAAAUAACCUGUAGAUAGUAUGUACAUAUUACUUUUAUGUGCCACAAAACGGAGAUACAGAAGUGAAGAGGCUCUGAAAUGUUCUCGCCAUAUUUGGGUGAUUUUGUCACUCUGAGGGACUGAACAGAUGCUUAUAGUUCUCUUUCAUGUGGGAACAAACAGGAACAAGGUCAUAACCCAGUUUAAGACCUCAGCUGAAGUUAGACGUAGAGACUGUAGAGCUGUAAAGGUUACUUGAAGAAAAUAGUACUGAAGAAACUGUACAUAUUUAGCUUUGAUGUCUUUGCCAUAAAGUACAUGUUUGACUUUUCCACAAUAAACUGUUUAAAACUC